AUGGAAGGCGGUAAAUUGGUUUUAACUUCUUUAUACAUCCAUCCGGUAAAAUCUUGUCGUGGAAUCAAAGUAGAUUCUUGGAAAGUAGGUCGAUAUGGAUUGGAAUAUGAUAGAUUCUGGAUGAUCGCAGACAAAAAUUACGAAAUGAUGACGCAGAGAAAAUAUGAAAAACUUGCUCUUAUUACACCAAAAAUCGAAGAAUUGAAUCCUGAGAAAGGAAGCGAUGGUAGAGAACUUGUACUUUCAGCUCCCGGUAUGGCUCAAGAUCUGCAUCUUCCAUUUUUUCCAAAAAAAGAACUUUAUAAAAAGAUCCAGGUGAUCGUAUGGGAAGAACAGGUUUUUGGAUACGAUUGUGGUGAUAAAGCGGCCAAUUGGUUGACAACUUUUUUAAAAAUGCCGGCGAGAAUUGCGUUUAAGUCUACCGACGACUCGAGAUAUGUUACAAAAAAUCUUCCAAAGGAAGUUGACUAUAAACCCGAGACUGCGUUUGCAGAUACACACCCAUUUUUACUCGUUACCGAAGAAUCGUUACAGGAUCUCAACAAGAGAUUGAAGGAACCGGUCGCAGAAAGAAACUUCCGACCAAACAUAGUUGUUAAGGGAUGCAAAGUACCAUACGAGGAGGAUACGUGGAAAAAGAUUAUAAUAGGAGAUGAUCCAGAGAAUAUCUUUUAUGUCGCAUGCAGAUGCACUAGAUGCACGGUUCCAAAUGUAAACCCGGACACUGGAAUUAAGGAUAAAUUGCAACCAUCAAAAACACUAAGUUCGUAUCGCAGAGUGGAUCCGGGUUCUAAAUACUUGGCCUGUUUUGGAAUGAACGUGAUUCAUAAGAAAAUAGGCAGUAUCCUCAAAGUCGGCGAUCCUAUUACUGUUUUGGAAAUCGGUGUACAUGAACGCGAGAAAUACGUUGCUUCCGUGGUCAAUAAGAAAGUUUGA